GAGCGUGUUGGGAACAGAGGACUCUGGGGCCUGGUCAACAAUGCUGGGAUCUUCACCCCAUGGGGUCCUAAUGAGUGGAUGAACAAACAGGACUUUGCAACUGUACUGGAUGUGAACCUGUUGGGCAUGAUCGAGGUGACACUGAGCUUGCUGCCCUUAGUGAGGAAGGCAAGGAGCCGCAUGGUCAAUGUCUCCAGCAUCACAGGUCGAGUGACUUUUGGUGGUGGUGGUUACUCUAUCUCCAAGCAUGGAAUAGAGGCCUUCUCAGAUUCUCUCAGGAGGGAGCUCUCCUACUUUGGGGUGAAUGUGGCUAUUAUAGAGCCUGGACUCUUCAAGACUGGAAUGACCAGUAGUGCCAGAUUUUCAUCAGACUUCCAGAUGCUGUGGGACCAGACCAGCUCAGAAAUCAGGGAGAUCUAUGGCGAGAAAUACUUGGCAUCCAGUCUGAAAACGAUAAAGGAAAUGGACCAGAGGGGCAACAAGGACCUGUCUUUGGUGACUGACUGCAUGGAGCAUGCUCUGACUGCCUGUCACCCUCGCACCCGAUACUCAGCUGGAUGGGAUGCCAAGCUCUUCUACCUCCCCUUGAGUUACCUGCCCACCUCUCUUGAGGAUGCCUUUUUCUACUGGACUUCCCCAAAGCCUGAGAAAGCCCUGUGAAAUCUAGAUCCUUUUGUGUAGUUGAGUCAAUAGAAGUACAGUGUUAGGGCAUAGAGCCUCAGGACUAGGAAGAUUCCUGGACUCAGCACACAUGUGAUGUGUAUAGUUGUCUGGCUUUUCUUUCUGCACUAUAAACAUCGUGGAUGUGGGCAACAGGAAAAUGCUGUGCUUAAAAAAUCGUUAACAUUGUUGGUGAAGUACAAAAUGA